CCUCGAAUUCCUUCGCGUCCUCCCCGUACUAUUAUUUCUUGGAGUCUCUCGGCUUCUCCCUCUCCGCGCUGCCGGAUCGCAAAGUUCAAGCCUUUCUUCCGGCACUCACUGCCCCUCUGCUUCGGCGCUUCUUCGUGACCAAUCUUUCUACUCCAUUCGAGUGUUCAGUUGGUGGUCGUUCGCCCUCCCAACCCCCACACCCUGCUGUGCCCCUGCGGUUUGCGUUCACUUUUUGACCCGCUUUGGAUCCGUUUUCUUCGCUUUCAUCCCCGAAUAGGACGGUUUCCUCGGGUCACCAGGGAAAGAUCUCGUCUUUCCUCUCGCUGAUGCCGCGGUGGGCGCUCCGAAGGAUCACUCCUUUCCGCGACGUGCGCGGGAAUCCACCACCGAUGCCCCACUUGCUUCUUUGAACAAAACUACGUUUUUCUCGGCCAGGCAUUCCCGUUUCCUUGGGUUUGGCGUUGAUUCUGAGGAAAGUUUGGUCGGCCUUCCACGCAUGGAGUCUGAUAGAAUGUGAUUUUGAAAGCUUGAAUUAUCCGAUGCAAAACAAAAAAAAUUGAAUAGUGACUCAGGUGGUCCGAUGAGGCUGCUUAAGUUUUCUCCAUGGAUUGGGAUCUUGGUGUUCGCCGUUGCUGCAUUCAUCUUGGGAGUCAUUUCCCAUUCGUUUCUGCGAGGAGGGGCAUCGGUUGCUGACCAGAACCUUGGGCUAGUUGUUGGACCUCUGUUGAAGGGGCCUGCUGAUCCCCCGGUUUUUGCGUAUUGGAUUUCGGGCACUGGUGAUGAAGGUCAGAAGAUGCUGAGGUUGUUGAAAGCAGUGUAUCAUCCGAGGAACCGAUAUGUUCUGCACCUAGAUGCAGGUUCCUCAGCUCUUGAGAGGAUCAACCUGGCACACUCAAUUCAGUCUGAAAGGCUCUUCAGAGCUUUCAGAAAUGUUGAUGUUAUUGGCCAAAAUUAUGCUGUUGAUCGAACAGGUCCAUCCAUACUCAGUGCAACACUUCAUGGAGCUGCGGUUUUGCUAAGGCUUAGUGCCGAUUGGGACUGGUUUAUCACCUUGAGUUCUUCAGAUUAUCCAAUUAUGACCCAAGAUGAUCUUCUUCAUGUUUUCACUUCUUUGCCCAGGAAUCUGAACUUCAUUGAUCACACAAGUGAUCUUGGUUGGAAAGAGUAUGACAGGUUUGACAAAAUUGUUGUAGACCCCAGCCUUUAUAUGGACAAGAAUUCCCAAUUGCUUAUUUCUUCUGGAACACGUAAAACACCAGAUGCUUUUAAGAUCUUCACAGGUUCUCCGUGGGUGAUUCUUAGCAGAGCUUUCGUUGAGCAUUGUAUACAUGGCUCAGAUAACCUCCCUAGGAAAUUACUCAUGUAUUUUGCCAACGUAGCCUACUCGAUGGAAUCCUACUUCCAAACUGUGAUAUGCAACUCUCCUGAAUUCCAGAACACCACAGUCAAUACUGACCUAAGAUACAUAGUUUGGGACAACCCACCAGGGUUGGAGCCUCUAUUUCUUAACCAAUCAUAUUACAAGGCCAUGAUAAAGAGCAGAGCAGCCUUUGCUAGGAGAUUCAUGGAAGAUGAUCCAGUGCUGAAGAAGGUGGAUAAGAAGAUACUAAAGCGGGCACAAAAUGGAGUUGGCUUUGGACAGUGGUGCUCGGCCCAGCUAAAAAAUAACGGAGAGAAGACGUUGAAAGGCGAUACCUGUUCGAGCGGGGUUGACAUCAACACCGUCAAGCCAAGUCCAUCAGCAGCAAGGUUAAAAAGUUUGGUGCUGGAGCUCAUCUCAGAGGAGAGCUUAUUUUCAAACCAAUGUAAAGUUUGAUGAUAUGACCUGGUUAUGAUUUGGAAGUUCAGCAAUUUGGCUCAUCUCUCUAAAAAUCAAUGCAAAAUCAUUCAUAGAGUGCAGUUGAACCAGCAGCCAGCAUGAUGAAUCACAUGGCCAGUGCUUGGGGCGCUCAUCGGGCAGCAGGGUUCCACGAAUUGAAACUGAAUUCUUUUUAGCUUCCUUUAUAUAGAUUUGUGUUAUAAUAUUUUGAGACAUUUUGCAUUUGUGGAUGGGGUGAGAGGGAUGGAAGGAGUCAUAGGCUGAUAGAGGAUUAUAGAGGGACAAUGUAGUCAUAUGUCUCUUUUACUGUCAUAUUGAUUGUUCACACAACUUUUA